AAUGUUAGGAUGCUUUGCUUCUAAGCUCACAUUGCACAUUGUAUGAAUCUGCAAUUGAGGAGGUGCGGAUAUGGGGAUGGCCUUUGCACACCGCCGGGUUACUCAUGAGUGGGUUUUCUUCCCGGUCUUUCACAAUCUUAUCCGGCAGAGUCACAGAGUGGUCGGAUGGAAAGGUCGGUAGGUAUGUGAUUCGGAAGCCAAACACUUCCUGGGUGCAGAGAAGUUGGGGUGCCUCAGCUGUGCAGCUAGAUCCGAAUACAUGGAUUCUUGAGUACUGGUGGAGCACGAUAUGUGAUAACCAAAGAUUGGUUUCAGCAGCACUAGCCCUUUUGAAGAAUAUGAUCUCAAGAAUGCUUGGAAAGAUGCAACAGAAAUUUUGGCUCUUAUCUACUUUUGGCAACAACCAGUACCUUGAAACUACUGCAAAUUACAAUAUCGAAAUCCCAACCUAAAGAACUCAAAGGGCAUCAUUGGAGGUGCAAUGUUUUCUCUCAGCAAAUAUCCAGACCUCAUAUCUUGUGAGAAGCUUCGAAAAAAUGUCCCCUUGUUAUGUUGUAUUUGUGGAACCCGUUGAGCUUAAUUGUUAAUCUGAUCUCAAACUGUAUACGUACCCUAACGCUGUAAUGUAAUCAGGAAAUUGUUGCUUUCCUGAUUAUGAUUAACUAGCAACAAACUACGUUCUGUUUGGCGUUAGGAAUCCAGAUAGAUAGUAACUCAAACUGUCCUAAAUGAAAAAGC